AUGACUUCAUUCAGAAGCAAGCUGGUAGUUCAUAAAGGGUUUAUGCCUACCUUUAAAGUACAGGGUCAGGUUUACCACGUGGCCGGCAGUCUUUUUCCAUAUCAUCCUGAUGACCAUAAAUUUUUGCAGAUUUAUUUUAUUUCCAGUCCUGAUGCAAAAGUAUCUAUACGAUGUAACAUAAAUUCAAGAGAGAUCCUCGACAGCGUAUUAAUGAGAUCCCUACAAGACAUGUUAAAUACUCAUAAUAGACAUGUAAAGUCUUUUAAAACAGCCAUUGAAAGCGUUCUUUCUAAUGUUACAGACUAUAAAUUGGUAAUUCACUUUAACAAAGUUCCGAAUGGUGAACAUCGCGGUCGUUACAAUGCUCCGUCAACGAGCGAAGUAGCCGUUACAAUUACAGGACAACAAUUCGACAAAAGAGACAUUGUACUGCGAUGUCGUGAUGACAAUCUUCAAAUAAUUUCUGAAUUACACCGAUCCUUCGACAGUCUUCAAUAUCCAUUAAUGUUCCCCUACGGUGAAGAUGGAUACUCGAUAGAUAUCCCUCAAGUCGAUCCUGUUACUAGAGUUCCUACACAAGAAAAAGUUUCAUGUAUGAACUAUUAUUACUAUCGCAUAAUGGAACGCCAGAACAAUUCAAAUCAUUUACUUAGAUAA